AUGUUCUGGAAAUAUGGCGGUUACGCGAAUGUGUCACCCAUCACCACGCUCCUUGAUAAACCCGAUGUCAGGGUGGAAGAGAUCCUUGAUGAGUCCGACUUGAUGCAGGAGAUAAAACAGCAUAAUACAAGGUUGAUAGAGUAUUUACGGGAUGACCAUGUUCUGAAGAGAUUGUUCGAACUCAUCAUCUCUCCAAGUCUCCUCAACAAUGAUGAUGACGGCCGCAAACACAAUGAUUAUGAUAAUAAUGAAGAUGGACAUGACGAGACGACCGACGGCAAGAAAGAACCCGAAUCUCCCGAAUCAUCAUCCGGUGAAGGCCAGAUCCAGCUCUCGGAGUUCCCCAGGAUAUCGCCAAAAACGAGCCGUGAACCCAAGGACCUGGAAGAGGCUGAGAAGAAUAGGCUGAAAUAUGCUUACAUCGCCUCCGAAGUGCUAUCGUCGCCUUCCUGGUCGGUCAUCGAAGCCAUGGUGGAAAAUGAGGAUGCUCUACGAUGCUUUUGGCAGUACAUGUACAGGCCGGGAGAAUUGGACUCUGUACAAACAAGUUACUUUGUAAAGGUCAAUGAAGUGCUGUUGGACCAGAAGACGGACGCCAUGAUUGCGUUCAUUAUGCGUCUGGAUAAUAUCAUACAGAUGUUGCUGCAGCAUGUUGACAAUCCCCUGGUUAUGGAUCUCGUCUUGAAGAUUAUCACUCUCGACAAGAUCGAAGAACAGAACGUAACAGAGACACAGUGGCUCCAAUCCCAGAACCUUAUCCCCACUUUUCUGUCGUACAUCUCAAAUGACCAUCCACCCGAGACUCAAACAGCCGCUGGUGAUUUGCUGAAGGCCAUUGUCACCAUCUCCGCCAAUGCUGCGCAGAACGAACAGCCCUGUAUUGGACCCAAUAGCUUAACCCGACAGCUGGUAUCAAAACCCUGCAUAAGGACACUAAUAUCUUCCAUGGUUCAAGGCGGAAACCCCCUUACCGUUGGCGUCGGCAUAAUUAUCGAUAUCAUCCGAAAAAAUAAUCCUGAUUAUGACCCUGAGAUGGCGGAGAACCGCAAUUCUACACCAACAACCCAUGACCCCAUAUACCUUGGUACCAUGCUGAAGGAAUUUGCAAGCCAUGUUCCCCAAUUCAUGGAAUUAAUGAACAAGAGAAGCAGGCCAGCCAACAGUAAGCUUGACACUGCUUGGGGAGAAACUAUCGAACCCCUUGGCUUCGAUAGGUUUAAGACUUGCGAGCUUAUGGCAGAACUACUCCAUUGUAGUAACAUGUGUCUGCACAAUGAACCCGGUAGUCAUGGAGAUAUGCUGGCACGAGACUUGGAAAGAGAACGGCUACGAGCUUUAGGAUUCCCCCAGAAUACCGAAGAUGGCUUCGUAUAUGCAGAUAGUAUUAAUGGUACCUCGGACUCGAGAAUGGACACCACAUCUCCCGAGGAAUCAAAAAGAAGAGGACAAGCUAACACUGGCGAAGAGGAAGCAUUCGAAGAGAUCACAUCUUCCGGAGUGCUCGUUGAUAGGGUCAAGGGCUCUGAAAGCCCUGCUGGAUGCGAUACCAAGCCUACCGCUGACAACACGUUUACGAACGUUCCAAAGCUAGGACAGGGAGACGACUUUGUUGAUGAACCAUUAACACCCCCGAAACUAAACACAUCCAAGAAAGAGCCUCCAACGGCUGGGACAGGAUCUGACGCUAAGAAAUCCGUCUCUUCUUCGAUACAGUCCGAUCUGACCGAAAAAGUAGACGAAAUUCACCUCAAUAAAGAGGGUGAGGCCAUGAAGGAACCUGAAUCAGUUUCCAAGCCGUCUGACACUCCCGCACCUGAGCCAACUGCUGGGCAGUCGGCCAGUACAGACACAGUACCCCCCUCAUCCGCUCUAACAACGCCAGAAACUACCCCAACAUUAUCGGAGGAAGGGCAUCCACAUCCAUCUCACACAGAUGAGCUUACGCUCGAGGAAUCCAAGUAUGAGUCUGAUCCGUUCAUUCAAAGAGAGCCUGACGGAAAGCCCGUUGUCGGUGAUUAUAUGAAGAUCAUGUUCCACGAGCACAAAGUUGUGCCAACGGUAUUGUCUUAUUUCUUCCGUUUCCCUUGGAACAACUUCCUCCAUAAUGUGGUUUAUGAUAUCGUGCAGCAGCUACUUAACGGUUUAAUGGAACAAGGGUUCAACAGAACACUGGUCAUUGAUUUGUUCGAAAGUGCCGAAAUUACUACGCAAAUCAUUCAGGCCCAACGACGCAGUGAAGAAUCCGAAGCUAAGCAUAAGAUGCGCCUUGGAAACAUGGGCCAUCUUACUCUCAUUGCUGAAGAGGUAGUGAAGUUUAGUGAACGUCACCCGCGCGAAGUGCUUUCACCACACGUUAUGGAAAAGUUAACGCAUGCCGAUUGGAUUGACUACGUUGAACAUGCCCUUUCAGAUACCAGGGAACGCGAGAACGCUAUCCUAGGUGGCGUAAAGCCCGAUAUCACUAUGAGCCAUCGUCAAGCAGUCCUAAACGCCAUAAGCGCGCCCACUAACCUUCAAGGAACUUCUUCAGCCUUAGCCGAUGCCGGUCUCAAUGGAGGCUUCUCCAGUGGCUUCUCUUUGAACAAUCUCACUUUCGAUAACCAAUCCUCUGCAUCUGGCGGCGCUUUUGGCUUCAGCAGCAACCUUGGGACCGGAACAGGGACCGGAACCGGCGUAUCUUUAUUCAGCGGUUUCGGAAGUGACGAUGACGACGAAGACAUGGAAGACAGAACGGAUCAUCGUGAUCCUCAAUCAAUUGGAGCAGGCCUUGCAAGCAUAUUUGACAAUUCAGAAACCCAGCCUAUUCCAAUCCUCCCACCUCCCCCGGCGCCGUUGAGUACUGGCCCAUCACGAGCACGACGCCAACUUGCGGCUCGACUUGCUCUCCAAAAGCAACAGGCUCUUGACGCUGCUGCUGCUAACAACGAGGAUCAAGAGGAGGAUGGCUUUGCGAAGGAAGAAGGCGAGGACAGCUCUGGUAACGCUAUGCAUGACGCAGACACUGCGGGAGACUCAGAUCACCAAUCUUCGUCUUUCUCCGGUUUCCAGGACGUAAGUGGCUAUUCAGACAGCUCAUCUGACGAGGAUGGCAGUCUUCCUAUGGAAAGUGUAGAAAGGAAAUUCCGACUACCAGUGGAUGCUUUUGACGACGACGACGAAAUGGGUGAUAUGGUGGGGCCUUCAACUUCUUACUCUGACGAAGAUGACGAGACCAUAAUACAGGAAGCGCUAGGGUAUUCAACUUUCUUAGGGUCGGAUCAUCAUGGACUGGACGGCUCGGUAUACCCAGAGGAGAGAGAACUGACCCCAGACUCAGCAAGAGGUCAAGAUAACAGUGACGGGGAAGACGACGGACUUGUUGAGAUAUUAGUGCCUGGGAAGAGAUCAGUGACAAAAUAA